UGUCUAUAAAUAGCAGCGCUGUGGAACGCUGAGUCUAUUGUUAUAGAUAGGUCGGUACAUUGUAGCUGGUUAGAGCAGGGGCUGCGGUAAGUCAGUUUCACCAACUUAGUUACCUUCCUUCGCAGCCUCUACCCUUCUGCACCCAAGCCGUCGCCUGCUAACUCCCUCCAUUUGAUCGCAGCAAACCCAAGCACCCCCACCGGCCAAAAAAGAACAUUUUCAUUAACACGAAUCUGUUUGGAAAAAAGGUUGACAGCAUAUUGUAUGAAAAGCUGUUGUGGAGGAAAAAAAGGACUCGCCCAGCCAAGCGCCAUUUAAAUCCCCGUACAGCACUCACAUAGGAGGGAAACUGCCGAUUAUAAUCUACAUUUCAGACAUUGCUGAGCCUGGUCGUGUGAGGGAGUUGAAUAAACAACUGUUGAGCUGCAGGCAUGAAAUCAGUGGCAGCUGACAUUCUCAAGCUUAGUGAUGUCUCUGUCCAGGUCGCUCGAUGUCACCAGCAUUGGCUAGGAAAAUGGGUGACUCCACAGGUGAGAAAUGGAGAUGGCUGUCAGCAUAAAGCGCAAAUUCGAAGAGGUAGAUGGUUCGUCAUUGUGUUCUUCACCCAAGGAAUCGGAUGAUGACAUUUCCAGCAGUGACAGUGCAGACAGCUGUGACAGCCUCAACCCUCCCACCUCCAGGGAGCUGAGCCCAACUUCAAUCUUGAAGAAGCAGAAGCGGCUGAGAGUGAAGAAUGUUCGUUUUGACCAGGUCACUGUCUACUACUUCACACGCCGUCAAGGGUUCACCAGUGUGCCAAGCCAGGGAGGUAGUUCCCUGGGCAUGGCCAGGCGCCACAACUGCAUCCGCAGAUACACACUGUGCGAGUUUGCACAGGAGCAGGAACACCUCCACAGGGAAAUGCUCCGUGACCACCUGAAGGAGGAGAAACUCAAUGUGCGAAAAAUGAAGUUGACAAAGAACGGUACAAUUGAGUCGGAGGAAGCCAAUGUACUCACGAUUGAUGACGUUUCUGACGAUGACAUUGAUGUGGACAGUAUUGAGGUAGAUGACUAUUUCUUUUUACAACCACUACCCACAAAAAGGCGAAGAGCGUUAUUACGUGCAUCAGGCGUCAACAGGAUUGAUACCGAGGAAAAGCAUGAGCUGCGAGCCAUUCGCUCGUCCAGAGAGGAAUGCGGGUGCGACUGUAGGUUUUACUGUGAUCCUGAAGUGUGCCCCUGUAGCAAAGCAGGAAUCAAAUGCCAGGUAAGGUCAAAGCUUAUGGCCAAUAGAAGUGACUAUUAUACAACCUCAGGAGAUUAA